CCUCAUGAUGGUUAGUUAGUGAGCCUGUGUCACACUGAUGACAAUGUUCUACCUUUGUGUCUUACCCUGCUGAUUACGUUUAUGUUCUUACUGAAUGAACCGUUGGUGGUCCAUCAGCACGCCUUAGUUACCGCCUCCCCACGCCUUACGCAGCAGCAUCCCCCCCCACCUCGUUAUCGGCGAUAAGAUCGCUUCGCUUCGGUGCAGCCUCGGCCAUUGUUUCUCCAACUUCCCCUCAACUUCCCCAAUUUAAGGUCCAUCUCUCCUGUGCUGUGCUCUCUGCUCCCUUGAUUUUCCUCCUCUCUCGACCUUCAGCUUAAUCCUCAUCAUCAGCUUCACAUCAUGGCUACACCCGAUAGCAGCACCAUCACCCUCGCGGACUACCUCUUCACCCGACUGCAGCAGCUCGGAGUCAAGUCCCUCUUCGGCGUUCCUGGCGACUACAAUCUGAAAUUGCUGGACUAUGUCGAUCCCUCGGGCCUACAUUGGGUGGGAACCUGCAAUGAGCUCAACGCCGCCUACGCUGCAGAUGGGUACGCGCGUAUGGCCGGUAUGUCCGCCAUCAUCACCACCUUCGGAGUGGGCGAGUUGUCCGCCGUCAACGGAAUCGCCGGUGCCUACGCAGAGCGGGCGCCGGUGGUACACAUCGUGGGGACGCCACCCCGGCCUGCACAGGAAUCGCGCUCUCUGGUACAUCAUACCUUUGCUGACGGCGAGUACCGGCGCUUCGCAGCCAUGCACGCCCAUGUCACGGUGGCGCAGACCAACCUCAACGACCCCCGCACCGUGCCCGAGCAAAUCGACACCGUGCUGCAGCAAGCGCUGAUUCACAGCCGUCCGGUCUACAUCGAGGUCCCGGACGACAUGCCUGGAGUCCUGGUGUCGGCUGCCAAUCUCACCUCCCCGAUCCGGCGCCCGCCGGCCCCAACCACUAAGCACGAGAGUACCGUCCUCAGUCGGAUUGCCGACCGCAUCUACCACGCCAAACAACCUCUCAUCCUCGUCGACGGCGAAAGCCGUGCGAUGGGCAUCCUCGACGAAAUCAACACCCUCUUGCGCAAAACCGCUUGGCCGACCUUCACCACCGUCUCCGGCAAAGGUCUGGUGGACGAACAUCAACCCUAUGUCUACGGCAACUACGCUGGUCCACUCGGCAACCCCGACCACAAAACCUAUUUCGACCAGGCGGACCUUAUCCUAGAGUUCGGAUCGCACCCGACCGACACCAACACCUUGGGCUUCCAGACCCUCCCGAACCCCGCCACCUCCAUCACCUUCACCGACAAGGCGGUGCGUAUCGGCGACGAGACGUACCGCGACUUCUCGCCCGCUAUCGUCACGCGCCUAGUCCAGACCCUCGACUUCGAUCGCAUUUCGCAGCCAGCCAACCCACCCCCGAAGACCGUCGUGCCCAACGAGUCCCUCCCGCCCACCGGCCGGAUCACCCAGAAGCACUUCUACCGCCGCGUGAACUCCCUCUUCCAGCCCGGGGAUGUGGUCCUCACGGAGACUGGCACAGCCAGCUACGGCGGCCGCGACUUCACCCUGCCGACGGGAACGCGACUGUUCGGCGCCAUCACCUGGCUCUCCAUUGGCUACAUGCUCCCGGCCACGUUGGGCGCUGCGCUGGCGCAACGCGAGCGGAACCCGGACAAACCCACGCGGGCGGUGCUCUUCAUCGGCGACGGGAGUCUGCAGAUGACGGUGCAGGAGCUCAGCACGAUCCUCGUGCAGAAGCUGGAUGUGGUGAUCUUCCUGAUCAACAACGAUGGGUACACGAUCGAGCGGGCGAUCCACGGCCGGAAGCAGGCGUACAACGAUGUGGCGCGCUGGCGGCACUCGCUGGCGGCCGACUUCUUCGGCGCGGCGGAAGGCCACGGGGCGAAGAACAGCUUCCAGGCCAACACCUGGGCGGAGUUGGACGAGGUGCUGCAACGGGAGGAGAUCCAGAAUGGGAAGGGAUUGCGCUGGGUGGAGGUGUUUAUGGAGAAGGAGGAUGUGGAGGGACUGUUGAAGGUGAUCAUGGAGAAGCAGAUUGCGGCGGAGACGGCUUAACCUACAGUACAUACAGUAUUUUUGUUUGCCCCGUUGCAAGACCUUUCCGACUGUCUCCGGUUUACAUCAUGCAUUUUGAAUCCUCUUUCUAGAAGAAAUUAAGAUAGUAUUGCACCAUAAUAUAAUGCUACCGCAGGC